CUGGAUUAUCGUGGCACUGGACGUAGCACGCUGCUCGACUGUGUGGCUGCGCAAGCUCUGACGACCGGAUCCCCAAGCAGUAGGGACGUCGACCCUACCGAAAUCGCUGCGUAUGCGAAAGCGCUGGAGAUCGAGUACAACGACUUGGCAGUUUUCUCCAUCACAAGUACCGCUACUGAUCUGGCGACGCUCAUUUCCAAGUACACGAACGGCGCCAGCACGAUUGUGUACGGAGCGAGCUACGGAUCAACUUUAGCUACACGUCUCAUGCAUAUGAACCCUCCCGAGGUGGCGGGGUAUGUGCUGGACGGCAUUGCCUCCGUGCCAGGAGCUCCAGCGGGCAAGUUUGAGUACCUUUCAACGUACGAAACGGACUUUGGUGAGGUUGGCGACCAUUUCUUGAAUCUCUGCGCACUAGACAGCGCAUGCAGUACCCAUUUCUCGAAGAAAAGUCUGUCGGACACGCUUGAGGACCUCCUCGUGCAGUUUGAUAAGGAUCCGAGCUCGACAUGUGCUGCGCUGGUGAGCAACAAAACCAGCAGCUGGAGCAGCGUGAAGGCUUCCAAUGCGACGGCGUCGUUCAAGUUGCGGAAGACGCUGGGCAACCUUCUCCCGGGACCGGGGGAGCGAACAUUGAUUCCGCCCAUCGUCUACAGACUGAGUCGAUGCUCGGCUGAAGAUGUCGAGGUCAUGACCAAUUUUUUCAACGUUCGGUAUGGCGGUGGCAGCCCCGCCCAGUCAGACGAGUACUCGUCCGACCUCUUGGCGAACCUCAUCAUGUUCUCGGAGAUGUGGGAGGUGCCUGGUCCGUCGUUGGAUGAAAUGAACGCCCGGUUUGCCGGCACGAAGCUGUCGGACGGAUCGAUUUACAUCCUGGCUCCGGUGUAUUGCGCCUUCACGAAGGAUAAAUCGGAAUGGUGCAAACAGUUGGGCUUUGGAGACUACGAGGCGAAUGCAAUCUUGUACGAGCGCGAUGAGUAUUGGAACAAGUCAGCAACAAUUCCCAGUCAAGCCAGUGUGCUACUGUUAAGCAGCAGGAUGGACGCCAAGACGCCACACAAAUACGCCCGGACGCUGCUGGAUAUACUCGACGGUGACAACAAGGAGCUGAUCAGCUUCGAUGAUACAAACCACGUAGCGUUGCUGUGGUCAUUCCUCGUCGAUAACGAUUACUCAAGUGAGACCUGCGGUAUGAGGCUGCUUGCGUCUUAUGUGAGCAGCGGCGGGAACUUGCAAAAGCUGGAUAGAUCGUGCGUGGAUGAGAUGCCACCGUUCAAUUUGACCACGCCAAGCGAACUGAAGUACAAGUACCUGGGCACAGAAGACGCUUACGACGGUGCUUUCGACGCAAGCUUGCGACAGUAG